GAGCGAGACGGCGAUUGCUCGAAAUGCCAUUUUGUUUGCGCUUCUGCUGCGCCGCUGCCGCUGUCGCGACUGCAUCCAUCGAACAACUGCCAGCAGCUGGCAGCCAGUUUGUUUUCUCCCUUCCAAUCGAGCGGCAGCGGCGUUUCCGCUCGCGUACUUUUCGACGCGUUCUCAUCUCAAACCCAGCCAAAAAGUGAGCGAUCGCAGCAAAUGCAAUUCGGUUUGAGUGCAAUUAAAAGAUUUAUUCGAAAUCGGCGUCGCCAUCGCCGUCGUCGAUGCAUCUUCCACCUUCACUUGGAGCUAAACUAAUGCUGCAGACGUAACGUAAACUAAUUGUGAACGUGAAUGUGAAUGCGAAUGCGAUUGCGAGCAUCGGCCGUUUGUCUCCACCAUCUCCGACACAGUCUACGUCGCAGUCUCCGUCGCCGUUUGCCGCGCUGCCGAGUCGCAAGAAUUUAUGGAAUUUGGCAUUUGUGGAUUUAGCGAAAAUAUUUUCAUUGAGUGCGCGAGCAAAUGUUUUUGUGUACGCUUCGCGUUCAGAUCUCGUUCCCUUGCCCGUUCCCCUGUCCCGCUUACCCCACCCCCGUUCCCCUCAGCGAUCUAGCUUCCGUCGCAGCCAUAAAAGCAGCGCUAAAAUCUUAAAUAUUCACGUGUAAAUUCCGGUGCUUAUCAAUUUAAUUACUAUUUAAAUUAACUGCAAGCCAAACGCAAAGCGCGUGCUUUAACGACGGCAUUAAACCGUCAAUGUCUGUGCAAAUCUAACCAAAUGUGAAUCAAACAAAGCCCACAGUGUUUAUCCUACACAGUACCAAUACAAAUCAAAGGAAUAUACCUAUAUAUCUAUAUGCAUAUAUAUCUAUAAAUAUACGUAUAUAUGCUUAUUUAUAAAGUGCAUGAAACAGAAACAAAUUGAGAACAGCUCGCAGAGCAAAACAUUUUUCACGAAUUGGAUUAAAUUUUACCUGUUUGUAGCCGCUUUUUUUUUUGUUUGUUUCAACGGAAACUCGGACAAGGGAACGGCCCCAUAAUGGAUGCCAGGAAAGCAGCAGCAGCAGUAGCAGCAGCAACAAUAAUAACAAUAGCAGCAGCCAACAAGCAACAUCAAACAGGCAACAUCAACAACAACAACAACUAACAGCAGUCAACAAUGUGGAAAUGAUAAUUGCAAUUGCCUGCGCAUAGAAGCAAAGCCAAAGCGGUUGAAGAAAGCUGCAGGAAAAAAGCCGAGGAAAAUUCAUCGAAAGAAGUUCGCUUAGCCAACAAAAGAAAACCAAAAACAAAAAAAUAACAAUACAAAAAUAAGUAAAGACAAAAAGUAAUUAAAGCUCUUGAUACAAACGCGAUGGUGUUUUACAAUAUGUAAAUAUAAUUAGCCGAGCGGAGUUUUCAUUCCUGGAAUUCGCCAUUGCCAGCGGAGUUGGCAAAAAAGACAAACACAAAUACAAUAGCAAAUACAGUAACAAAUACAACAACAGAGCACGCAUACUGCAAGUCGACUAGAGAGAACCGGUCUUAUAAUUACUCUGUACUCCAUCUCCCUCAACAGCACCCCAUCCCACUUCCACGGCGAAUAUAGUUUAAGAGCUGAUCUUUUCUUUCUUUCGCUCUCUCAUCUUUGUCGGCCUAGAGCCCGAGCUGUGGCUAAGGCCUGGGCGCGACCAAAACUGAUUCCAAAAACAGAAGCAGAAACAUAAACAGAAAAAAAAACUGCAGACAGCAAACGGCCAACGGCAAUUGGAAUAGCAAUUGGCUGUCAAAGCAAAAAGGAAAACUGCAAAUUUGUGGAAAAAGCUCGCGGAAAACUGUGAUUACUGUGAUUAGUGUUGUGCGUGUGUGCAUCUCUCUCUCUCUCUCUCUCUCUCUUGCUCUCUGUGCGUCUGUGUGUGUACGUGCGUUCAUUAUAAUAUACACCUGUGCGAACAAAUUUCAAUCGACAGAUCGGGAUUUGAGUGCGUUGUCGGCCACUGCAACUGCGACGAUGGCAGUGUCCUGCCCAGAAGUUAUGUACGGUGCCUAUUAUCCAUAUCUGUAUGGGCGCGCAGGACCAAGUCGUUCAUUUUAUCAAUAUGAGAGGUUCAAUCAGGAUCUGUACUCGUCCUCGGGCGUGCAGCUGGCCGCCUCGUCGAGCGCCUCCGGCAGCUCCCACUCACCCUGCAGCCCCAUUUUGCCGCCCUCGGUGAGCGCCAAUGCAGCGGCAGCCGCCGUUGCUGCCGCCCACAAUUCGGCAGCCGCGGCCGUUGCGGCCGUUGCGAAUCAAGCCUCCUCCUCUGGGCUGCAGCUGGGCGGUGUGGGCGGCAGCGGCGUUGGCGUCGGCGUCGGCGUGGGCAGCGGACCGGCCAGCGGACUGCUCGGCUCCAAUCUGCCCAUUGGCAGCGGCGCCUCCAGCGCCGGCCUCGGCAUGAGUCCCGUGCUGAGCGGCGCCGGGCCCGGCCACGGCCUGCACAGCCGGACACACCAAACCAAAGAAGAGGAUCUCAUCGUGCCGCGCAGCGAAGCUGAAGCGCGCCUGGUGGGCUCCCAACAGCAUCAUCACAACGAAUCAUCCUGCUCCUCUGGCCCGGACUCGCCGCGGCAUCCGCACUCGCACGCGCACUCCCACGCCCAUUCGCAUCCGCACUCGCUGCACGGCACGGGGCCAGCGUCCUCGGGCGGCGUCGGCUCAGCCACGGGCGCCAUGUCCAAGGAGCUGCCACUGGACACCAGCAGCAGCAGCGGAGGAGCCGGCGGCGGUGGAGGAGGCGGCGGCGGCCUAACCGGCAUCGGCGGCAGCAAUAGCCAAGGACGCGCUCAAUAUCUGUCGGCCACCUGCGUUGUAUUCACCAACUACUCCGGCGACACGGCCAGCGUGGUCGACGAGCACUUCUCCCGGGCGCUCAACUACAGCAAUAAGGAAACAAAAGAUGGCAGCAGCCCAAUGUCGAGUCGCAAUUUCCCACCAUCGUUCUGGAACAGCAAUUACGUGCAUCCCAUACCCGCCCCCACGCAUCCACAGGUUAGCGACUUGUACGGCACCGCGACAGACUCGGGCUACGCCGCAGAUCCCUGGGUGCCGCAUGCGGCCGCCGCGCACUAUGGUUCCUACGCGCAUGCGGCGCAUGCGCAUGCAGCCCACGCGCAUGCCUACCACCACAACAUGGCACAGUACGGCAGCCUGCUGCGACUGCCCCAGCAGUACAGCCACGGCACAAGACUUCACCACGACCAGCAGACGGCACAUGCCCUGGAGAGUGCGGCAGCCUACUCGAGCUAUCCGACCAUGGCAGGUCUGGAGGCUCAAGUGCAGGAAUCGUCAAAGGAUCUGUACUGGUUCUAGGCGACAGGCGGCCAGUGUUAUCCCACGCCACGCCACCAGGUGUGAGGGGGAAUUCUCGUUGAUGUACAAAUGAAUGAAAGUGACACUCAACAAAUAAU